AUGGUAAGUGACCUAUUUGAUGCUACAAGCGGCGCUGGUAGCGGUCCUGGUGGUGGCGACGCGCGGCGUGGUGGUGACGUCACACCGCACGCGCAGCCCCAGCGUCGGCUCAUCAAAGUCGACUUUGACAAUCUUGAGGAUGAUGAAGACGAAGAUGACACAGAAACUUGUACGAGCCCAGAAGUAUGCGCGCCCCAACCUUUCCCAAGACAUAUGGCACCUCAGCAACAGACUCCUAAACCUUGGAAAAGAACCGCCUCCGAAGAGCCGCCGAGGGCACCGCCGCGCACGCGCAUCUCACACGACGAGUACCAUCAGUUCUGCGACCAGACCCUCGAAUCAUACGACCUGGCGACUCAGUGUCCGUCGCGACGGGCGUCCAUGAGACGCCACACUGUUACGCACACUGUCUGCCCACCCACCGAUGGAGCCCAUUCAUUGCCACAUUCGAGGCCAGGUUCCCGAGCGUCAUGCGCCGGCGCCGCAUCUCUUGCCAGCAGUGACGCCGAUGGACCUCUCAACGAGCUGUCCUGGUCUCGUUCCUCGCUCCAAGAUGAGCUCAUCAAGUCGGUUAGUGGCAGUCCCACUAAUAGCUCGCAUAAACAGUGGCAAGAUGCCAUUAUGUCUGACGACCGAUUGUCUUUGACCCUAGAAGAGAUUGUCCACAUCAGGUCUGUACUGACGAAGGCUGAACUAGAAGUACUGCCAGUCGAAGGCAGGGUCAAAGAAGACGUUGAGAAGAGAAGGGUAUGCUUUUUAUGUUUGAAAACAAGAUUCGGCAUUUUUGGUCCCUGGGGCCAGAAAUGCAAACUGUGUAAAAAGACUGUCUGUCAAAAGUGCUGUUCAAAGAUGAGAAUACCAACGGAACACUUCGCACACGUGCCCGUGGUGCUGCUGAGCCCAUCACUGCUGCCAUCACCCGAGGACGAGGCGCAGUCGUCCUUCCCCAGGAGUCUCAUGUCGAGGCUCGUCUCUCCUGAUUACUCGAGUAUGGUGGAGAACAGCGUGGGCAGUGCCCCGAGCAGCCCUGCGCGGGCGCGGCGCUGCGGCGGCGCGGCGGCGUCGGCGCCACACUCGCGCGGCGGCUCGGCGCUCGGCUUCAGCGACGCGCUGGCCGUGCCCGCGCGGGCCAGCGCCAUGUCGCGCAGCGUCGAAGGGCCACAGGCCAUGUCGCUCGUCAACACGCCCCCCUCCACCUUGGACCGCAGAGCGAGGUACGGUCGCAGCACGACCGGCGUGACCGCGGCGGAACGUCUGCGGGGCGUGCAGAUGGCGGUGUGCCACGACUGCAAGGCCAUGGUGCUGCAGAUCAUCAAGUCGUCGCGGGCCUCGCGCUCGGCGUCGCGCGACCGCGCGCUGCGCCACCUCACGCUGGACCUGGCGCCCGUCUACACGGCCGACUGCUAG